UCUAAUAGUCGAGGAUUCGACGAUUCGAUUCGUAGACGUCUGAUUCGACUAUGAACCUCAUAGUCGAAUAGUAGGAAAGUGUUAUGUAACCAAUGAGAAGCAGCACACUACAGGCCUGUAACGUCCGGACCGCAUUUGUUAGCAUUUACGGAUUUAUUGGCUCACAAUGGCUUCUAAAAAAUCAUCAAAAGUGUGGGAGUAUUUCGAGAAGGUUAAAGAUGACCCAAAGAAAGUUAAGUGCAAGUUGUGUCAGCAGCUUCUUUCAUAUCACACGACGACAACCAACAUGGCUUAUCAUUUGAAACGGUUACACCCGCAGUUUCAUGACGACAGCUCAGGCAGCACGUCUGCAUCAGCGGCGGCCCCGAGAUUAACGCAAAAAAAAAUUGAUUUGAGACCACCACUUUCAGAGAAGAGAAAAAAGGAAAUUACUGAAAAGAUUGCGGAGUUUGUGGCACUUGAUAUGAGGCCCGUGCGCAUUGUUGAGGGUGAGGGAUUUAAAGAACUCUUGCGCACACUUGAGCCAGGCUACACCGUCCCUACAAGAGCUACAGUGAUGGAUGUCGUGCACACAAAAUAUCUAUCGAUACGGUCAGACAUUUACAUGGCUAUACAGGACUGUGAAGCUGUCAGUUUCACAACUGAUAUCUGGACCUCACUUCAGAUGGAGGCUUAUCUCACAGUCACGUCACAUUUCAUCACCGGAGACUGGCGACUGGAGAGUUUCGUUUUAGAAACAAAAAAAAUGGAGGACAGUCACACAGCUGAUCACAUUGCACGAGAACUGACGGAGAUCAUUUGUGAGUGGGACAUUCCAAGUAGCAAGAUCGUUUCUGUGGUUCAUGAUAACGCAGCAAACAUGGUUGCGUGCACCAACCAGUUGGUCCAGCAGCCCCGCUGGGGAAAGAUGAAAGGAGUGCGCUGCGCGGGCCACACAUUACAACUUUGCAUAAACAGCGCUCUGAAGCAGGACCCCAUUUGCCGCACCGUUGCUGCAGCAAGGCGCUUGGUUUCUUAUUUUAAAAAAAGCGCAAAGGCCACCACAGCACUACAAGAUCAACAGAAACAACAGAAUGUGCCCCAGCAUAAACUGGUGCAGGAUGUUGUUACCCGUUGGAACUCUGUUUAUUUGAUGCUCGAUCGCUUGAUAGAACAGAAGGGGCCAGUUUCAGCCGUGCUCACAAAUGAGAGUGUGAGCAAACGGCGAUGGGAGCUUAAAGGGCCAGGACUGGAAAUAAGUGUUUACAUCAGUGCAGCGGUGCUUGACCCGCGCUUCAAGAAGCUCUCCUUUCUCUCCGAUGACCAAAGAGAUGAGGCAUAUUCAGUGGUGGCAGAACUAGCUGAAAGUCUAACUGACAGGUCUUGCCAGGAGGAAAGUGACACGGUGGAUCCUGGGCCUACUGCCCCAAAACAGGACGCUGUAAUGGCUAUGCUGCUGGCCAGUGAUGAAGAUGAGGAGGAACAAGAUGAGACGAGCGAGAUGAAGGUCUAUUUGAAGGACUUCACUAAAUGCAACGGAGGCCCCCUGGAAUGGUGGAAGAAAAACAAGGAUAGAUAUCCCAAGUUGUCAAGAGUUGCUAAGAGAUUUCACAGCAUCCCCUCCACUUCCACGCCAUCAGAGAGGAUUUUUUCAAAGGCGGGUUUCAUUGCCAAUAAAUCAAGGAGCGCCCUUUUCCCGACCAACGUGAACAAGCUGGUUUUCCUUGCACACAACUUCAGAAGAAUUAGACAACCACAGGUGCUGUAGCCUAG